CCUUACAAUCCCCUCGAUUUCCAGAAUUCCUACUCUCACGAGCUUCUUGUUUUAUGCUAGCUACUUGCUCUCGGAGUUUCAGUGGUUAUGUUAUGUUAGCGACCGAAUAUCGACAGUUUCGUCUAUCCCAGCCCCCAUUCUUCAAUACACCAUCUCCACCCGCCCGCGAGCAAAGAACCCCGAGCCACGACGACCGAGAACAUGGCUCUCAUCAGCUACGACCUUGCCGUGCUGGUCGCUGAGCAUGUCGACAUGGAUUCUAUGGCCUCUUUCAUGCUCAGCUCCAAAACCAACUAUCAGCUCAUCAGGGGCCACGAACGGUCCAUUGUCAAGGCCAAGGUUGGAAGAAUGGUUCAAGAUCCCAUGCUCCAGCCCCCUCUCGGCGCCCUUCUGUCAUCAUUACCCGCUGCUCCGGGGCGGCCCGGUCCGGAUCGUAAAGUUUUGGAACCAGCCAGCUUUGCCGUCGCUAACGAGUUGGAAUCGCGAGAGCGCCGGAUCAACAGGCUUUUCAACUCUAGAUCGACAAGUGGUCGCAGCCCAGCACUUACGGAGAUCAUCAACAAGCUUGCCCUUUUCCAGAACCUCCCGCCCACCCAGAUGGAGCACUUGAUCGACGGCUUUAAAGACGCCUGCAGAGUGGCCGACCGCAUCGCCGACUGCGCCGCGUCCGUCCAUCUCGAGCAGAAACCCAAUACUGGCCAUCUGAGGGACACGAAAUGGGCCAUCGACUAUGACAUCCAUCUCGCUCGCCAGAGAUAUAUUCGCUCGCUCCCGCCCAUCCGCCUAUCCUUCCUCACUCUCCUGGCGAGUUUGAUGGGCAUGGAAUAUGCAAAACAACUCCAGUCUCCCCACUCGGACCCAUUCCAAUGGGAGCGGGUCACCGCAUUCAAAGAGACCUUCCUCCGCCACGGCACCGUCGUCCUAUGCGCCCUGCUAUGCCCGCCCGAGACGGAAGCCACGGAUGCGCCCUCGCCCUCGCCUUCGCCGUGUGCUCGGAGCGAGUUGGCUGGGUACUACUCGUCACAGGUCGCUGCCGUGCUGAUGGAGCUGCUGGCGUACGAAGGGGGGCACUGGGGCUUUCCGCGGCCCGCUGAGCAUGACGGUGAGGCGAGGCCGAUUCCGGAUGGCCUGCACAUGACCAUGCUGCAAGCCUUUCAGGGUCUGGAGGAAGAGGAGGCCGAGGAAGAAGAGGAAGAGGAUGUCGAUGGGGAUUGGCUGUUCAACAUCAACGUGCUGGAUGGUGACAUGGAGGACGUUGAGGAUGAUCCAUCAUCAUCGCUGCCGGAAAUCAAACUGGACCCGAGAGAGGCUCUGAUUCUCAAGUGGAUUAAACAGUGCUAGCCCGACCUAGAAUACUUGUCGUUUUUAGUCUUUGGUCUUAGAAUAGAUCCCUGAGCUAAAUAUAUAGAUCUGUACAUGAAUUAGUCUUUCAAUCCUGA